AUGCCCCGGCGUAACAUUGUCCGGCACCACAGCAGUCGGCAGUGCUUCCACACACCCUCCCACCAACAAGCUGAAACUCAGACACAAGCACAAGCACAAUCACGACAGGACAGGGAUUAUCAGAACCACCCAGAUGCCCCGCUUCCCCAGCCCUACCACGAUGAUCCCGAUCUCGAGUCAUUGGCCGAGUACGAGCCGCGACCCAUCGAAGAAGACGAGGAGGAGGAAAAUGCAGAUGCACUCGCAGCAUCCACCCGUCCACGCACAAAAUACGCCGCCAAAGCACGCAUCUUCUGGCUCAGGAAUAAGGGCAUGAUCCUCGUGCUCUUGGCGCAAAUGUUCGGCGCAAGUAUGAAUGUCAUGACUCAAGUUCUUGAGAUUCAUAGUUCGAUGCAUCCUUUCCAGAUCCUAUUCGCCCGAAUGUCCAUAACAGCCCUAGCAAGCUACAUCUACAUGUUCAUCGCGAAAACCCCACACCCACUCGGCACACGACCAGUCCUUCCGCUCCUCCUCUUCCGCGCCGUCUGCGGUUUCACAGGCGUUUACGCCCUCUACUACUCAGUCCAAUACCUACCCUUAUCCGAAGCAACGGUGAUAACCUUCCUAGCGCCCAUAAUGACAUGCUACGCCUGUUCGUUCUUUAUACCGGGUGAAACGUUCUCGCGCCGUCAACAGGUUGCAGCGGUUAUUAGUCUUGUGGGCGUUGUUUUAAUUGCGCGUCCGUUUCGCUCGACACCGCGCAGCGAACCUGGCGCUGGUGAAAGCCCCGACAAAGCAGACGCAUACCACCACGUCCUCGCAACAAUAGUAGCCAGUAUCGGCGUUCUCGGCGCAGCGGGCGCAUACACAUCUAUUCGAAUGAUAGGUCGUCGCGCACACCCGCUUGUCUCUGUGACGUAUUUCUCCAGCGUGACGACGAUUAUAUCGCUGCUGGCUAUGCUGGUGCUCCCCAGCGUGGAGUUCCGGGUCCCGACCACCCUCAAAGAGUGGAGUUUUAUGGUUGGAUUGGGUGUUUGUGGGUUUUUGCUUCAGUUUUUGCUUACGGCGGGGUUGUCUUAUGUGCCGCCGCGAAGCGUGAUGGGAGGGGGAGGGGGAGCUGGUAAGGGGAAGCAAGGGUCUAAGGCGACUAGCAUGGUGUAUACGCAGAUGCUUUUUGCGCUGUUUUAUGAUAAGGUAGUUUGGGGGACGACGCUUGAUGGGGUAGCUUGGGCUGGAUCUGGGCUUAUUUUGGCCUGUGCGGUUUAUGUGGCUGUCAUGCAGGAGGGGGCCCGGGUGAAGGGGGGUGAUGGUGGUGGUGAUGAUGCAAAGGUGCAGCGGGGGAGGGGGUGA